UGGAUAACCUACACGAAAGACGAUCAAAAUUGAUUUGCGAGAAAAUUCUAUUCGUAAAUUUAUCAACUAACUAUUUGGAAAAUCAUUCAUUUGGAAUUGUAAUCACCUAUGCACUUUGGUAUAAGCUUUUCUGUGCACAUUUUCCUGGAAAAUGAAUGAGACUCCUCGGCAGCCAUUGUAAAAAUCAAUAUUGGAGAUUGCCCUCAGAAAAAAGUGCACUUAAACCCAGAUGUCACUCAAUCAAAAACUUCUAAUUGGGAAAGCACAAAUUUACCACACUUUUCCGAGCCUUCGAAAGGCAUAAACCUUCACAAAUCGGUGGGAAAAAGUAAUAGAGGAAAAUACAAUUCGGUCGACAUUUUGUUUUCCGUCUCGCUGGUGCCUAUUUGAAACGUAAGCGUGUGUAUGUGUGCGUAUGUGUAUCUCGUCUGAGCUCGGAGCCCCAUAAAAUCAGUGGUCAAAUUACUUCUUCGUAUCGCCAUAGGCUCGCCUUUGCAAAGCUUUUUGGUCUCCAUGGCGUCCGCAGCAGUCGCACUUACCUUUCAACCAAAUGCAGAAGUUUUCUCUAAGUAUGCACAGUUUUUAUACACUCAGCAAUUUUCACACGCGACGGAAAACAAUGUGCACCAGUGAGACCGCGUCUUGCUACGAACGACUAUCGACAUCGAAAACCGAUAACGAUACCGAUGGGGAAUGCUUUGUUUAUUUGAAUGUGAACGAUGCAUUUGGGGCCUUCCGUUACCUUCGCCGCAGACCGCAUUUGGUUUGUAGGCGAUAUGCAUGCGUAAAAUGUUCGGUGGAAUCCGGCUAUCAGCGCUGCUGCGAGUGGGACGAAGCGCAAUCAUCGCCAUCUUCCGAUAGUGUUAUCCCAACUUUGCCAGCUCGGUUUUUAUUUACUUUCCUGUGCGGCGAGUUUACUCAUAAAACAAAUGAUAAUAAAAUACACAAAGACCAUAUUGAAUGUUCAAUGACAAGAUCGAUAUUCCUAAGCCUUGAAAACGUCCAUCUAAAACUAAUAGAAACUAUUAUUGUUUUGGGACAGGCAAGUGCAUCCAACCAGAAGCACAAAGGUUCUUAUCACGAAAAAAGACAAUUCCAAAAACAACAACAAGGAAAUAGAUAGCGCAACAAGUUGUUUGACCGCUGAAACGGAAUCUCGUUGUACGGAGAAAGUCUCGAGAACUUUAAGGUGUGACGUGUCGCUCGCUUACGGACUAUAGAAACCGGAGAACGGAAAGGAGGCGGAAGCGGAAGCGGAGAAGUGAUGUGUGGAAAUCCAGCUGUGGGAAACGGGACGAGGGCGUUGAUUCUGGUCGGUGGUUAUGGGACCCGGCUGCGACCCCUGACCCUCAGCACGCCCAAGCCACUGGUGGAGUUUGCCAAUAAGCCGAUUCUUCUCCACCAACUGGAGGCACUCGUCGAUGCGGGAUGUCGUCAGGUUAUUUUAGCCGUCAGCUAUCGAGCCGAGCAAAUGGAAAAGGAGCUUAAAGUCGAAGCCAAGAAACUGGGCGUGGAAUUGAUCUUCUCACACGAGACGGAACCCCUGGGAACAGCUGGACCUCUGGCCCUAGCAAAAACGAUUUUAGCAGCCAGCUCAGAGCCAUUUUUCGUGCUCAAUUCGGACGUUAUAUGCGAUUUUCCAUUUAAACAACUAGUGCAAUUCCAUUGUAAUCACGGAAAAGAAGGCACAAUUGUUGUCACAAAGGUCGAAGAACCAUCCAAAUACGGAGUUGUGCUGUACGAUGAGAACGGCUGUAUAAAAAACUUUAUUGAAAAGCCACAAGAGUUCGUUAGCAAUAAGAUCAAUGCCGGCAUUUACAUCUUUAAUCCCUCCGUGCUUGACCGGAUCGAAGUUAAGCCCACAUCAAUAGAGAAGGAGGUGUUCCCUGAAAUGACGCAGCAACAGGAGUUGUAUGCAAUGGAUUUAACUGGAUUCUGGAUGGACAUCGGACAGCCAAAAGACUUCCUAACCGGCAUGUGUCUGUAUCUAAGCUCGCUGCGCCAGAAGCAAUCCCCCAAGCUGUACACAGGCCCUGGAGUGGUGGGCAACGUGUUGGUGGAUCCCACGGCCAAAAUCGGCGAGGGUUGUCGCAUAGGGCCUAAUGUAACCAUUGGACCGGACGUGGUCAUCGAGGAUGGCGUGUGCAUUAAGCGCUCGACCAUCCUCAAAGGCGCCAUCGUUCGCUCACACUCAUGGCUGGACUCCUGCAUUGUCGGUUGGCGUUCUACAGUUGGCCGUUGGGUUCGCAUCGAAGGCAUCACCGUGCUAGGCGAGGAUGUAAUCGUGAAGGAUGAGCUCUACAUUAAUGGAGGCCAGGUCUUGCCCCAUAAAAGCAUUGCGGCCAGUGUCCCAGAACCGCAGAUCAUUAUGUGAGGCGGUGGCCCAAAUCAUAAAUUGUAAAUACAAUCUAUUUUUGUUCAGUUCCGCCGUUUCGGUAUUCUAUAAAGGUGCCUUUUGCUGAACUGCUCUCACCUACGAUUUGCAAUAUUGACACUAUG